AUGGCGACCAUGGAAGGAGUAAAUUCGGAUCUUGCAAGAGAAAGAAGAAAUGCUACUUUUGAUGUUGAACAACUUACAAAUUUUAUAUAUAGAGGUCCUGAGAAGGUUAAAAGAAGAAGAUAUUUACAUAACUUGGCCAUAAAAGAUCCAGAGUUUAAAAAAGCUAAACCUUGGGCAUUCCAGACAAGAGAGGAACAGUAUGAGACUGCCUUGUGCAAAUUUCUUUACAUCAAUAAAAAAAUGAAAGAGCAUGGAAUUACAGAGCCUGCUGAUAGAUUUUACUAUCAAGAAGCAGUGGCUUCACAUGAAAACAGUCCAAUUGGUCUUCACACAGUGAUGUUUAUUCCCACCAUAGAAAAACAGGCAACGAAAGAACAGCGAGAAAGAUGGCUGCCACUAGCAGAAAGCCUAAAAAUGAUCGGAACGUAUGCUCAAACAGAAAUGGGCCAUGGUACAUUCAUACGAGGGUUAGAGACAACCUCAACAUAUGAUCCAAAAACCAAGGAAUUUGUCCUCAACUCUCCCACUAUAACCUCUAUGAAGUACUGGCCAGGAAAUUUGGGAAAGACAACAAACCAUUGCCUUGUUAUGGCACAGCUCUACACUCAAGGAAAAAACUGUGGAAUACACAUGUUCAUGGUGCAAAUACGGGACCUGGAAACACAUAUGCCUUUGCCAGGUAUAGAAGUUGGUGACAUUGGUCCAAAGUUUGGAUAUGGUACGAAUGACAAUGGAUACUUAAGACUGAACAAUGUUAGAAUACCCAGAGAAAACAUGCUCAUGAGAUACUCCAAGGUACUAGAAGAUGGGACUUUUGUGAAACCCCCAAAUGCUAAGAUUGCCUAUGGAUCCAUGGUGCUGGUGAGAGCGGCCAUUGUUACUGAUGCCUCACGUGCCCUGGGCCAGGCCUGUGUGAUCUCCAUUAGGUACAGCGCUGUCAGACGACAAACAGAGGUCUCCCCAGGAGGUGAAGAAGCACAGAUUUUAGACUAUCAAACUCAGCAGUACAAGUUAUUCCCCUUACUUGCCACUUCUUACGCUAUGUAUUUUGCUGGGAGGUUUAUGUAUGAUUUCUAUCUGAAAGCUACAGCAGAAAUUGAAGCUGGAAACUUAGAGUCCAUGCCUCAGCUCCACGCCAUUUCGGCGGGACUGAAGGCCUUCAGCUCCUGGACGUGUUCGGCGGGGGUGGAGACAUGUCGUCUGUGUUGUGGGGGGCAUGGCUACUCCCACGCCAGCGGUCUGCCUAAGAUUUAUAUAGACUGUGUUCCUGGCUGUACUUAUGAAGGGGAAAACAAUGUCAUGAUGCUCCAAGUGGCCAGGUUUUUGAUGAAGAUGUAUGGGAAAAUGCAAAAUGGAGAAUCACUGCCAAGUUUUAUGCAGUAUUUAGGCACUGACCUCAAUAAGAGGUCAUGCAUGACAGAGGAAGUGGCCCUGAAAUGUUUAGUAUUGGCUUAUGAAAACAGAGCAGCAAGAACAGUAAGAGAUGCAGCUGUCAACAUGCAGAACUUGGUACAGUCUGGGAAAUCUCCAGUGGAGGCCUGGAAUGGAUCUACAGUAAUGCUGACAUGGGCAGCUACAGCCCAUUGCCAUGCCUUUGUUGUAAAACAUUUCGUUGAGACAAUAACUGGUUCCAAGAUGGAUGCCAAAGUGAGACCAGCUCUGACUGGUUUGUGUAAGCUGUAUGCCGUUCAUGGCAUUGUGGAGAACCUGGGUGGAUUUAUUCAGGAUGGAUUCUUUGAUUCCAAUCAAGUAAGCUUCCUGCAGAAGAAGUUGCUGGCAUUGCUGGCUGAGAUCAGACGCAAUGCUGUAGCGUUUGUGGAUGCAUUUGAUUAUCCAGACGAGGUGCUCCAGAGCUGUUUGGGACGAUAUGAUGGUCAGGUCUAUCAGGCUCUGUAUGACUAUGCCAAAAGCUCUCCACUGAAUGAAAAGGAGGUGCUUGAUUCCUACCACAAAUACAUCAAACCUGCUCAACAAGGAAAUGGAGCCAUUUAUCAAGUUUCUAAAUUAUAAGAUUCUUUUAUAUUUUAAUACUUAAACUGAACAUUUGGAUCAAUUACAUUCCAUACAUGUGUUUACUGAUUGAUAUACAUGUAUUUUAUUGAGUUUCAUGUGAAAUGAGUACAAACUUCUUAAUGGAGUUUUUUUAUCAGUUAGACUGUGAUUAAAAAUCAUUAUUUGUGUCAAUAUGAAUAGGUGCAAUAAUUAAUGUUAUGAAAUGUUCUUGUUGUAAACUAAGUUUUAUGCAGAUGAAUAUGAAUUGAAAUAGUCUUACACUAUGGAGUUAUAUUCAGGGUUUUGUUUUUCAUAAUCAUAUUUAAUUAUUCUCAUGAUUAUACAAGUAUUAAUAUAUUAAUGUUAAUAGUAUUAAUAAUAAUUGUUUAAAAAUUGUAAUACCAGUAUGUUUUUCUCCUUCGAGUGUCCAUUGUUAAAUAAAAUACAAAAAAUCACAUGGGCAAAAUUGUUAGCCUUUUCCAUAAGUGUAGAGCACAGAACUGAAAUGUAGGACCCUUCUGUAAAAGAGUGCAUACUACAAUUUGCCUUUUUUAUUGAAGUGUUCUGUUCACUUAGCAAGGAAUAAAUGAUAUAUUGAAUUAGCUGUGAUACCUGUAUAUCAAUUAUUGUGAUUGUUUGUGUGUGUUUUUAAGAUUUAUUGAUGUACAAUUUACAUCACAUGAUUGUUGGUUCUUGUGUGUUCGUUUUAGGUUCAGUGUAUACUGUAAAUUCCUAAAUAUACGCGUGGAAUUAAUUAUUGCGUAAUUUCGCAAGAAGCACAGCACGCGAAAUAAAAUUACUCGCCUUUAUUAUUAUGAUGCUGAAAUCAAAGUAAAAUCUCUUGAUCAACCGUCCCUUUGCGAAUAAUUAUUCUCGCGAUUUGACGUUGAAGAGCCUAUUCGCAAUAACUCGCGAAAAAUAAGGAAUCUACAGUAGUCUGCUUAUUACUAUUGUUUUGUUUUCCCAUAAAAUUUAUCAUGUAGCCAGGUACGUUUGUAUGUUACUUUUAUGUAAAGGGAAAAUAUACCAGAUAAUAAAAAAAAUCAUGUAAUCUAAUUACAGGUGUAGUUUUAUGCCAAAGACACUUGACAAUACAUAUUUUCUUAUUAUACCCUCCACUUGAAAAGUGGGGGGGAUGUAUAUAGUGACUGAGAUGUCUGUCCAUCAGUUAUGCUUGGGGGUACCCAUCUCUUACCCACAACUCUUCUUAUACCCCUGAAUGAAAUUUAAUGGGACUUUCACAGAAUGUUUGUUACAUAUUGCCAUUGUGACUUCCUAUUUUGAUCCAACACAUUUUUUGGGUUUCGCAUAGCAAAAUAUGGACACUGCCAUUCCUUCAAUAAUAUUGAAAGGUACCCAUCUCUUAUCUGCAACUCCUCCAAUACCACUGAAUAAGAUUUAAUGAUACUUUCACUUUCACCUUUAUUACAUAAGGCCAUUUCUUUUACUUUUUGAUCUUACUCCUUAUUUGGGUCUCUCAGAGCAAAACAUGGACUUUGCCAUUAUAAUCAUAUGGGAGGCGGGGUAUCAUUUAGUGAGCUCAGUGCUCACAGUACCUCUAGUUUGAAAUAUAAAUAAUAUUGUUUUUAAUAUGAGGAAAACAUGUAUUGUCAAUUCAAAAUACAAAUGUAAUCAGUAUCUUUGGAAGGAUUUUUUAAAAUAGUUAAGGCAAAAUGAGUACACCUUUCAGGUAUUUUAAAAUGUUUAGUGAAUACAUCUUUUUAAACUAAUUUAUUUAAGAUUCCUCUGUUUUUCAGCCAGUUUUACUUAAACUUGCAAUUUUAAUAAAUUGAUUUUUAUUUUUUAAAAUUUCAUUGUCACUUGCUAAAGUAAAUUUAAUGAAAAGAUUACUAAAUCAUGCUUUAAAUGUCAUUUUGCUUCUGUUGAUAAAUUAUGUAUAGCUUCUGUUCCAUUGUUCAAUAAAGGUCUUUCAAAAUAAAUGACAUCUUUGUAUUACAGACUGAAUUGUACACAACUGUAAAGUUGUAUGAAGUAUUUUUCUAGUAGAUAAAUAGAUUGCUUAAUACC